CCCCUGAUGGGUGGAGUAAUGCAAUCAGGAGUAACUACAGCUCAGCCACAGCCUGCUCUCUCAGUCUGCCACAGACUCCGCACAGGCACACACUCCUCAGACAGGAAGGUGAGUGACUCUGAGUCAAAAUGACAGAGCGCUACGACUGCCAUUACUGCAAGGAGUCCCUGUUUGGGAAGAAGUAUGUUCUGAGAGAGGAGAAUCCCUACUGUGUGAAGUGUUAUGAGAGCCUGUACUCCAACACCUGUGAGGAGUGCAAGAAACCCAUUGGCUGCAACACUAGGGAUCUGUCCUACAAAGACCGUCACUGGCAUGAGGACUGUUUCAAGUGCUUCCAGUGCAAGCGCUCGCUGGUGGACAAGCCCUUCUCCACCAAGGAUGAACAGCUCCUCUGCACUGAGUGCUACUCAAACGAGUAUUCAUCCAAGUGCCAUGAAUGCAAGAAAACUAUCAUGCCAGGCUCCAGGAAAAUGGAGCACAAGGGGAACAGCUGGCAUGAGACCUGCUUUACUUGCCAGAGAUGCCAGCAGCCUAUUGGCACUAAGAGCUUCAUCCCUAAGGAUAACCACAACUUCUGUGUGCCCUGCUAUGAGAAGCAGUUUGCCAUGCAGUGUGUGCACUGCAAGAAGCCCAUCACCACUGGCGGGGUGACCUACCGUGACCAGCCCUGGCACAAGGACUGCUUCCUGUGCACCAGCUGCAAGCAGCAGCUGUCUGGUCAGAGGUUUACCUCUAGAGAUGACUUUGCCUAUUGUCUCAACUGCUUCUGCAACCUUUACGCCAAGAAGUGCGCUUCCUGCACCACUCCUAUUAGUGGUCUUGGAGGCAGCAAGUACAUUUCCUUUGAGGAGCGCCAGUGGCACAACGACUGCUUCAACUGUAAGAAGUGCUCUGUGUCCCUGGUUGGCCGUGGUUUCCUCACUGAACGCGACGAUAUCUUGUGCCCAGAGUGCGGCAAGGACAUCUAAUUCAAUCUGUGGGAAGAUAAGACACAUUGGAUUGGACGCCAAUAUUAUGAUCGAGGAAUGAGACACAUGCAAUAAAUAAUAUCUGAGCACAGAUGAUUGCAUCCAUAGCAUCUUUACUACCCAGCAUUACUAUGAAUGUACAUUGUUUUAUGACACGAAAUACAAACUACUAACAGUGUUAUUUGAAUUUAGAAAGUUUAUUUAAGUUAAAUGUUCACUCUGAAAAAAAAAAGUUAUUACUAACAAAAUAACUGUUGGCAUGAAUGUGAAGACAUUUGCUUAUGAAACAGCAACAUGUUGGCAGAUAAACACUGUAUGAAGCAUUUUGAAAUAAAUCUACCAUAUUAAUGCUUUGACUUUGAUGUGUAAUAAGAAUUACUGCUUUGUGCAUGGAGUAGCUUGAUGCUGUAAUUAGUCUGAGGUUUUGUGAAUGAGUUCCACUAUAACCACUUAAAUAUAAUAUUAAUACUGUAACUUAACUCAUAUGAAUACCAAUUGUAACUGCAUGAAAUUACAUAAAUUUCAAAACGCAAAAAACAACUUUAUGAAGGAGUAAAAAUGUUUCUAUUGGCACUUUUAGAGCAGAAAAUGCACAAAAUAGAAAUUCAGUUGAAAUCUUAAAAUAUAUUGCAAAUUGCUGGGUUUAAACCUCUUUAAAGGAAUUUAAUUUCAUUUAUUUUUUACCACAAUGUUCGAUGUGUUACAAUACCAGCAUAUCAAACAUGGGUCACAAAGCUGAUGACUCUUCUUCUGUAAUUAACCAACAAAAGUGACCUAUUGUAUUGCAAUUUAUUUUUUUAAAAAGCUGUUGAUACAAAUAUGACACUUGAUUUGACAGUGGAUUUAAAAUGCUUUGUGAAUCUUGUUAAUGUGUGGGUUUUGUUUUUUUGUUUUUUUUGGAUGAACUCUGUACACAUCAGUUUCAAAGACAGUAACCGCAAAUUUAUCCACAAUUUCAAAUAAAUCUACUUCAAAAGAAGCAAA